GUUAGCUAUUAGCUGUCGUAUUAUUUGAUUAAACUGUCCCGUGAGCCAGAAUUCUGGCACCUUCCAAGCUUCCAUGUUGGCGUUAUCCGAACAGAGAGCACUCUGGGGUGUUGGUCAAGAAGAGACACGUCCUGUACAGACUCUGGCUGGAGCGUAAUGAGCUCACGUUUCCGGUUGCCCGCUGGCAGAUCCUACAAUGUCCGGGCGUCGGAGCUGGCACGUGACAGGCAGCACAUUGAAGUGCUCUGCAACAUCAUUUUGUUGGACAACACUGUGCAGCCUUUUAAGGUCAACAAGUACGAUCAAGGACAGGUCCUGCUGGACGUAGUUUUUAAGCACCUGCAGCUGACCGAAAGAGACUAUUUCGGGCUGCACCUGGCCGACGAGUCCUCCGACAGUCCGAGGUGGCUCGAUCCAAACAAACCCAUCAGGAAGCAAUUAAAAAGGGGAUCCCCUCAUCAUCUGAACUUCCGGGUGAAGUUCUUUGUGAGUGACCCCAGCAAACUUCAGGAAGAGUACACACGGUACCAGUAUUUUUUGCAGAUCAAGCAGGACAUACUUAGCGGGAGACUGCCCUGUCCGCAAAACACUGCCGCACUACUAGCCUCUUACGCCGUUCAGUCUGAGCUUGGGGACUACAGGGAGGCGGAGAACCCACCCAGCUACCUGUCAGACUUCCGCUUUAUCCCCAACCAGCCGCAGGGCUUCGAGAAAGAAGUGGCCAAGCAUCACCAGCAACACAGCGGAGCAAACCCGGCCGAGUCCGAGUUGAAUUACCUAAACACGGCUCGCGCGCUGGAGCUCUACGGAGUGGAGCAGCACUAUGCAAGGGAUCAAAGCAACACUGACAUUUUUAUCGGGGUCAUGUCGUCUGGAAUAGGCAUUUACAAGAACAGGGUACGAAUCAACUACUUUCCAUGGCUGAAAAUCGUGAAAAUCUCAUUUAAAUGCAAACAGUUUUUCAUCCAGCUGCGAAAGGAAGCGAACGAGACAAGAGAGACGCUAUUGGGUUUCAACAUGGUCAGCUACAGAUCCUGCAAGAACCUCUGGAAAGCAUGUGUCGAGCAUCACACCUUCUUUCGGCUGGACCAGCCAGUACCUCCUCAGAAGAACUUCUUCUCUCACUACUUCAGCUUGGGAUCCAAGUUCCGCUACUCGGGAAGGACCGAAGCACAGUCUGUGCAGUACGGCAAGGAGAAGGGAAUCAAGGACAGGGUGUUUGCCAGAUCUCCCAGCAAGCCCUUGGCGAGGAAGUUGAUGGGUGUGACCGACUGGGAGACAGUAAGCCGGAACUCUUUGUCUGAGGAGAGGCUGGAGACCAGGAGCUUACCCACUCGCUCUCCUCCUGGCACCCCCAACCAUAGGAACUCUCUGUUUGUGCAAGAGGGGCCCCGGCAGCGCCCGUCUUCCAUGGGACAUUUAGCGGAGCAUGUGAUUCACGCUUCACCCAGUCUGCCUGCUUUCAGCAACCACAAAUCAGCCUCGUCCACGCAAGCCAACAGCAUCAGCCUCGACUCCACACCCUCGCCAGAAGGCGGAGAUGGCCCACCCCCAGCUCUACCGCCCAAGCAAUCCAGGAAGACCCUGAGUCAGCUCAUCCUCUUCCACUCUCAGCAGGAUCUGGACAACCACGUGAACGAGAUGUACGACGUACCCGUUGCGACGGACAAGACAGCGCUCAAUGGCGUCGUUCCUCACGAUAACCUCGUGGUGAUCAAGAUGAAGCCCGACGAAAACGGCAGAUUCGGAUUCAACGUUACGGGGGGCUCUGAUCAGAAGAUGCCGGUUAUCGUGUCUCGGGUGGCUCCAGGAACUUCAGCUGAUCUGUGUGUGCCCCGGCUCAACGAGGGCGAUCAGGUCGUUCUUAUAAACGGCCGCGAUAUCUCUGAGCACACUCACGGCCAGGUGGUCAUGUUCAUCAAGGCCAGCUGUGAAAGCCACUCAGGGGAGCUCAUCCUGCUGGUCAGGCCCAAUGCAAUCUAUGAUGUGGUGGAGGACAAGCUGGAGAUGGAGCCGGAUUUCCAGUACAUCCCGGCCAAAUCGCCCUCGGACCAAUCGGAGCUGGAUCAGGACGCCUGGAGAGACUCCAUGCAGCAGCUGGAAGAAGGCCUGAGCAGCGGAAGCGUGCUCGCUCAGUUUGACCAACUUUACCGUAAAAGACCCGGAAUGACCAUGUCAUGUGCCAAAUUACCUCAGAACAUCUCCAAAAACCGCUACAGAGACAUCUCACCCUACGACGCCACUCGCGUCAUAUUGACGGGCACGGACGACUACAUCAACGCGAAUUACAUCAAUAUGGAAAUUCCAGCUUCUAGUAUCAUCAAUCGGUAUAUCGCCUGCCAAGGGCCCUUGCCCAACACAUGCUCCGACUUCUGGCAGAUGACGUGGGAGCAGGGCUCGUCCAUGGUGGUUAUGCUCACCACUCAGGUGGAGAGAGGCCGGGUGAAAUGUCACCAGUACUGGCCCAAUUCCUCAGGUAGUGCCACGUACGGCGUUUUCCAAAUUUCCUGUCUAACCGAGGAGGGAAACUCCGCAUUCUUGGUUCGAGACAUGACCAUCACUCAUACAGAGACCGAGGAAAUCAGGGAGUUGACUCAGAUCCAGUAUCUGGCGUGGCCUGACCACGGUGUGCCUGACGACUCGACCGACUUCCUGGAUUUUGUUGCUCUGGUGCGGAGUAAAAGAGCCAGGAAAGACGAGCCGGUGGUUGUCCACUGCAGCGCUGGGAUUGGCCGGACAGGAGUGCUUAUCACCAUGGAGACAGCGAUGUGUCUAAUGGAGUGCAGUCAGCCUGUGUAUCCAUUGGACAUCGUGAGAACCAUGAGGGACCAGCGGGCCAUGAUGAUCCAGACCCCUAGCCAGUUCAAGUUCGUGUGCGAGGCCAUUCUGAAGGUGUACGAGGAAAACCCGGCCACGCCGCCGAAGCCCACUGCCCACAGUUCCGACUAACGGGGACGCCAGCUUCCGUCGUCCCGUCGCCGAGCUCCGCCUGCCGAUCCCUGGAACCAGCACCGCCGCAGGGCCUCGAAGAAGUGCGCUAAACAAUACCACCGGUUUAUCGCUGCAGUCUCAGGUCGCUUCCCGUCAAGUUCUUCUGCCGUCACGCGGCGUCUUUAACGAUUUGUAUCGCACGAGAUAAAUCGUCCGGGUCGCAUUCAGAGCGUGAGACGGAUAAGCACUGUGAAGACCCAAAGGGGGACGUAUUGGACGAAAAUCAUUCUCGAGCCAGGAUCGUACGUAGGACAUUUAAAACUAAGCACUAUUGCACUUUACACUGGCAACUGAACAAUUCGCCACUUCGGAAAAAUACACAAAGCUGAAAUUGGUACUCGGACAAUUUAAGUGUUCAGGGAGAUAUAUACAUACACAUAUAUAUGUGUGUGUGAGUGAGUGAAAAUAUAUUGAAAAUUUAAUUGUUGUGGUGCCACAUGUAAGUACAAAAGGGCAGGCCCAUGAGUGUGUGUUGCUUUUAUAUAAAAAAAAUUAAAACUAUAAUAAAAAUUUGUCUCUAUAUA